AUGGAAGAUCUUAGCAAGCGGUUCAAGUCAGUCAAGUCCAGGUACACUCCUCGGUUUCAUAAUGACUUGGCCAAUGCACUCGCUACUUUGGUCUCAAUGUUGCCAUAUCCAGGCGAUGUCCACAUUGACCCGUUGGAAAUCCAAAUCCGAGAAAGCCAUGGUUAUUGCAAUACGAUUGAGGUGGAACCAAAUGUUCAGCCAUGGGAGGUCUUGUACAAAAGGACUCCGGAUCUGAACCUUCUAAGAUGCGUGGAUGCCCAAGAGGCCGGAAGAAUCAUGAAUGAAGUACACGCAGGAGUGUGUGGACCCAUAUGA